ACGUGGAUCCAACGCACCCGGCGACGGUCUACACCGUUGACUUCAGCCUGACGGCGAAGAGCAUCGCGAAACUUCGCAACGCGGGAAAGGUGGUGAUGUGUUACAUCAGCUUCGGGACCGCCGAGGAAUACCGCAGCGACUACAACCAGUUCCCGAAAUCCGUUAUUGGAGGACUCGCUUGCAUGAACGAGCAGUGCACGGAGGUGUGGCCUGGCGAGAGGUGGCUGGACGUCAAGAGCCCAGUUGUCAAGACGAUCAUGGAGAAUCGAAUCAAGUUGGCGAAGAGCAAGGGGUGCGACGGGGUUGACCCUGACAACAUCAAUGCCUAUUCAAACAACAUUAUGGCUCAUGCCAUCAGCCAAUUCACCAUCACUGCCGAUGACCAGUUCAAGUACAACUCAUGGAUCGCCAACACUGUUCACAA